AUGUUGACCAAGACUCUCUUGUGGGCUGCAGCUGCUACUGCUAUGCCACUCGUUGAAAUGUCCCCACGGGAACUUCAUGAACUAGAAGUUCAUCAGCCAAUCUCGAUCAGGAAGAAUCCACCCCUCGAAGCCCGAGCCAACAGAAUCAUCCCCGUCGUCGUUGGCGGUGCUCAAGAUACCUUCGUUCCUAACAUGAUUCGAGCAGCAGCGGGAGACGUGAUCCAGUUCCAGUUUAGUUCUGGAAACCAUACCGUCACUCAAAGCUCCGAAGACUCUCCAUGCCAGCCACUUCAGGCUACACAGUCUGGCGUCAUUCACAGUGGUCAUAUUCCUUUCCAGGCUGGACAGACAACCGUUGGAACAUUCAAUGUUCCUCUCAACAACACGGAGCCCAUAUAUCUGUACUGUGCUACCGGACCACAUUGUCAGAUCGGUCAGGUGAUGGCCAUCAACCCCCCCUCAGAAGAAAACUUGGUUCAGUUCUCCAAGAAGGCAGCCGGUGCCCUGGCCAACGUCGAUGCUGGAGCAGCUACAGGCGGAACAGUUGGAGAGAUUCCUUUGGCUGAGGCAGCGUUUACUCCGGCUGAGGAAGAAGCUCCUCCUGCACCCCCUGCUGAGAGUCCCCCUGCUGCAAGCUCUCCUGCACCCUCUGCCCCUGCUCCUCCAGCUGAGACGCCUUCCAGCACUCCUGGGGCAGCGGCUAUGGAAGCACACCACCGCCUUGGAUAUUAA